AAGUAACCACUGUCCACUAAGGCACUAAGCUGGUACUAGUUGCAUCAGUGACCUACUCUCAGAAUUCCACGCACUAUAGGGAAUAGUCUCUCUUCCAAAAUGGUCACAGCGGUUAACAGGAAGAAUUAUGUUUGCAAUUCCUCCGCUUUGAUUUUUCUGGUGAUCGUUGUGGGUUGCGUGGCAUGGGCUUAUCAGGCCAUUCGCCCUCCUCCACCAAAUAUCUGUGGAUCUCCUGGAGGCCCUCCGAUCACCGCGCCUCGAAUCAAGUUAAGGGAUGGAAGGCAUUUGGCCUACAAAGAGUAUGGUGUCCCCAAAGAUGAAGCAAAGCACAAGUUUAUUUUUGUCCAUGGCUUUGAUUCCUGCAGACAUCAUGCUGCUAUUGCCACAGAACUCUCUCCUGGUUUAUUUGAGAGCUUAAGCAUAUACAUAGUAUCAUUUGACAGACCAGGGUAUGGAGAAAGCGAUCCGCAUCCGGAGAGAACACCUAAGAGCACUGUUUUAGAUAUGGAGGAGCUUGCUGAUCAGCUGAACCUUGGAUCAAAAUUUUAUGUCAUUGGGUUCUCAAUGGGUGGACAAAUCAUUUGGGGAUGCCUAAAAUACAUUCCACAUAGGCUCGCUGGAGCUACAUUGUUAUCACCAGCUUUCCACUUCUGGUUAACCAAGUUACCUGCAAACAUCACCAAAGAAGUGUCAGGCAGAGCGAGUAUAUGGGAUGUGUUGUCUGGUACUGUGCCGUACUAUCUACCAUGGCUAACUUAUUGGUGGCAAACUCAAAAACUUUUCCCAACUUCAAGUGUCAUUGCUCACAGUGAUAAUCUCUUUUCUGAUCAAGACAAAGAACUCGCGCACAAAUUUGAGAGGAAAGACUACACGGCUCCGGUCAGACAACAAGGGGAAUAUGAAUCCAUCCACCGAGACAUGAUCGUUGGGUUUGGGAAACUAUGGGAAUUUGAUCCAUUGGAACUUACAAAUCCAUUCCCAAACAAUGAAGGUAAAGUUCAUCUAUGGCAAGGCGACGAUGAUAAACUAGUGUCUGUCGAGCUGCAGCGUUACACAGCUCAAAGAUUGCCUUGGAUUAACUAUCAUGAGAUACAAGAUGGUCCUCCUAUUACAGCACCAAGAAUUAAGCUAAAUGACGGGAGGCAUUUGGCCUACAAAGAGCAUGGUGUGCCAAAAGAUGAAGCAAAGUACAAAUUCGUCUACAUCCAUGGCUUUGACUCCUGUCGGCAUCAUGCUGUAGUUGCCAACCAUCUUUCUCCGGAAACAGUUGAAAGUUUAGGAACUUAUAUUGUGGCAAUCGACCGGCCUGGAUAUGGAGAAAGUGAUCCAAAUCCAAAUUGGACCGCAAAGAGCAUUGCAUCAGAUGUAGAGGAGUUUGCUGAUAAGUUGGGACUUGGAAAGAAGUUUUAUCUAAUUGGCUUUUCCAUGGGUGGUCAAGCAAUGUGGAGCUGCCUCAAGUAUAUUCCACAUAGGGUUGCAGGAGUAACAAUAUUAGCUCCAGUUGUCAACUACUGGUGGUCAGGUUUACCCGCUAACCUUUCUGCUGAAGCCUACAACAAACAGCUUCAACGAGAUAGGUGGGCGUUGCGGGUUGCUCACUAUGCACCAUGGUUGAUUUAUUGGUGGAAUACACAAACAUUGUUCCCUCGUUUGAGUGUGAUUGAUCAUAUUCCCGAAAUCUUCUCACGUCACGACAAAGAAAUUGUUGCACAAUAUGCAAAUGAUGACGCGACUCCCGUGAGACAGCAAGGAGAAUAUGAAUCCCUCCACCGCGAUUUGGUUGUAGGGUUCGGAAAAUGGGAAUUUGAUCCAACUGAGCUCACAAAUCCAUUCCCAAACAACGAGGGGACUGUCCACCUCUGGCAAGGUGAUGAAGAUAUACUUGUCCCUGUCACAUUGCAACGUUGUGUUGUUGAAAAGCUUCCAUGGAUUCACUACCAUGAACUACCCGGUAAGGGACACAUGUUCCCCUACGCAAAGGGCAUGGCCGACACCAUUAUCAAGACACAACUCUCUCUUGAAAACUAGCAUAUUCAACUCAGAUACAUACCCAGUAAUAGCAGGUAAGCUACUUAUUCAAACAUAAUACUCCCCAGUUUUCCAUACAUAACGUAAUCUAUUGGCUUUUGUUGAGUUUUAUCAUUGUAAUAGUGAAUUGUACUCAGGGGAUUUUCAUAAAUCAUGCUUUACAGUUUUGCUUCUCUUUUCAUUGUUUAUUCCUAAUUGUAAGUUGUGGUUGUUAAUUAGGUAUAGAACUUUUCUAUGGAAUUACAGUCGGAUUUUUGUGAAGCUCUUAUUGCUUGUCAUUGUCUUAUAUAUUUAUCUAGAAGAUUUGAAAACUA